AUGGAACUUGAUAUCUACAAACUAAUUAAGAAACAUAUGUCUAAAUGUGCAAAUUUAGAUCCCUCACUUGUCCAAGUUUUUGCAAAGAAUGGAAACAAAUCACAGCAGGUAAACGUAGUUCAUAGUAACACGGCAGAGAUCACUUGUUUUAACUGUAAACGGACGGGACAUAUGAUAGCAGAUUGCAGUACACAUUUUUGCUCCAUUCAAAAUAACUCAAGUCAUGCGUACGCUCGCUGUUUCUUGCACAACCAGCCGCAGAGUAAUGCUAAAAAUACACAGCAAGUAGCAAAUGAUAAUAAGAAGAAGAAUCCACAUUAUCACAAAAAGAAACAAGUGAACAGUAACUCUGCUCAGAAUCAGAAACAAGCAAAUCAGGCUUCAGGGAACAUGGUUCCUAACCCGUCUAGCCAAAACAAUCAGUCAGUCAAAUUUUCCGAGUGUCCAAAGCAAAGCAAAUACCACGUAAUUAACUCCAGCGGGGGGGAGAGUGAUGUUGGGUCAUCCGUAUCAACAUCCUUUGAAUUAGAAAAUAAAUUUAAUCAUCCAGAAGACUUAUGCGAAACACAGAAUUUUCCUAUGAAUCACACGACCGUAUCCAAAAAGUCAGUGCAGGACCCAGUAGAUUUUCAUAGAAUUCUUGCUAUAAUCAGUAAUGAUGAAUUAGUACAACGUACUUUUCACACCAAUGAAAUAAAUGACGAGGUAGAACAGAUGUUAGAAGGAGUCAUUAGGAAAUCGAACAGUCCUUAUAACUUUCCUUUAAUUGUUGUACCCAAGAAAGAUUGGACUUGGCAAAUUUGCUUAGAUUUCCGUCGCUUAAAUGAGGAAUUGAUUCCCGAUCGUUUACCGGUGCCAUGUAUGGAUGAUAUCUUAUUCUUGUUAGGACAGAAAAGAUAUUUCACCAACUUGGAUUUACUUAAAGGCUUUCACCAGUUACCCUUAGCUAAGGAGAGUACCCCAUACACCGCCUUCAGCACAGCCAGGGGACACUAUGAAUUUUUAUGUAUGCCUUUUGGCUUACGUUGCGCCCCAAUCACAUUUACUAGAAUGAUUAACAUAGUGUUUGGAGACUUAUUGGGAGAUACCUUUCAUGCCUAUAUGGACGAUCUUGUAAUCUUUUCUCAUACCUUAGAAGAACAUUUGCAUAAACUAGAACUAGUGCUACAAAGAUUAAGACAACACAAUUUAAGAGUAAAAAUAUCCAAAUGUGAGUUUUUUAAGACAGAGUUAGUCAAUUUAGGUUUUACAGUAUCUAGUCAAGGUCUUAAGGUUUCCAACAUGAAGCUUAUCUUGUUUGAACUGGUACUGAUUGUUCAGGCAUUUUUGUCGUGUGGGACUAGUUCCAAAACAAAGGAUAUUCAAUCCAGUCAUGGCUCAAUCAUUGAAAGGACCGAGGACAUAUUCCUUACAGCAAGCAGCGUAAUUCUUGUAGUUGAUAUGCAAGCGAUUUUCUUGCCAGAGAAUGAUGUCAUUAAUCUUAAAACCAACUUAUCACGAUUUGCUGAGUCAGUGAAUCAACUGCACAAACUUGACUUUCCGUACAGUGCAGAGAAUCCGCUUGCUCAGACCUUGGGUAUCGCCAAGUUGUUGUCUUAUGAUUUGCAAAACAAGACGGCUGAAUCAGAAUGCUUGGCAGCUAGAGUCAAUAAAUCAGCUUAUGACAUUGUUGAAUGA